AUGCGGAACAAGAAGAACAGCAACGAGAUUGUUGAGUACCCAGACCUCGAAGUCUGUCUGAAGCAGAACUCUGCCUACGUCGAAGAGCUAGACGACGACUUCGCGAAUCUCCGACCCGGCCCUUUCAGCAUCGAGAUCAAGAUCGAAAAGUACAAAACAUCCGAGAGAGGCGUCCUAGCCUUCGAUAUCAAGUUGGAUAAAAAGCUCGUUGCCCAACUCUGUGUUCCACAAGCCUACAUCGAAGCCAACGGCUCAUACACCCACACAAUCGCGAGCAUUACAAAUGAGGGCCUUCGAACAAGACUAGAAGCAUCACAGAGCUUGCGCGAGGUCACAGUCCUUAUCAGCAAGGGUGAAGAUAGCAUAUCCCCUGGGUACGAUGACAAAGCUGGCCAUACGCACUGGAUGGUCGAGCCGAAGGGAGAGCCUGUAAUGAUCACAUCGGCGAAUGACAUGAAGGGAGACGACAUAAGCGUGAUCUACCUGAAGCCCACGUACAAGAGAACAAAGAUGCUGGAUGUGAUGAGAUUCUUGGUGGUGAGGAAUCACGACGGCAAGAAGGGCGGCAAGGGGAAGGGCGAGAAGAAGGAGCAAUAG